GGUCGAGCCACACAGGUAACUCAGAAAAAAAUAGAAAGGAGAGGAGGAAAAAAAACUGCAGGUGUUGUUAUGGAGUUCGUGUGAAAGUAAAACGGAUUUCCACCCUUCUUUACCAGUUAAACCAGUAUCUCUGGAUAGAACACACUCAAGUACUUCAACAGUUUUUACCCUUGUGGUCCCUGAUGGCUUCGCACAGUGAUACUCUGGUGGUGUUCUUUGGGGCAACAGCUGGUGCAAAUGGGGGUAAACUGGGUUCGGAUGAGAGGGAAAUAAUUCUCUUGGUGUGGCAAAUUGUGGAUCUACAUGAGAAAAAGGUCGGGAAGCUUCAUAGAUGUCUUGUCAAGCCAGACACUUUAGAGUUGACAGACCAGUGUAAAGAGGAGACAGGACUGACUGUGCAAGACCUCGUUAAAGCUGAGCCCCUGGACAAAGUUCUGCAACAGUUCCAGCAGUCAGUGUCAUCAGAAGUGAAAUGCCUCGGCAGAAGCUCUUUCACACUUUGCGUCAACAGUCCCCUUGUCAUCCGACAGGCCCUCCACCCCGAAGCUUCCAAAAAGAAUCUUGUCCUUCCUGAAUGUUUCUUUUCAUUUGUGGACAUAAGGAGGGAGUUUCACAAAUGCUGCCCCAGUGCCAGCCCCUUGCAGAAGCUCACACUUGCCUCCAUGUUAGAAUAUGUUGGUCUUCCUGCUGUGUCAGAGCAGUCGAUGGGGGCGAGGGAGGUGAGCAGCAUGGUGCAGCUGACACUUCACAUCCUGGCUGAGCCCUACAACCACAAGUUCUCCUGUGUUGAAACCGUGAAGUACAAGUUUGAUUCCGGCACAUGCAGCAAGACAGAGCCAGUAGACAGUGAGACAGUGAUCCGAGCACGGGGGCUUCCAUGGCAGUCUUCAGACCAAGACAUUGCUCGCUUCUUUAAAGGCCUCAGUAUUGCCAAGGGUGGCGUGGCCUUGUGUCUAAAUGCUCAAGGCAGGAGGAACGGCGAGGCCUUAGUUCGUUUCAUCAACUCCGAACACCGGGACCUGGCCCUGGAACGCCACAAGCACCACAUGGGUAGCCGCUACAUCGAGGUCUACAAGGCCACAGGAGAGGAAUUCCUAAAGAUUGCUGGAGGUACGUCUAACGAGGUGGCCCAGUUCCUGUCCAAAGAGAACCAAGUGAUUAUUCGUAUGCGGGGCUUGCCGUUCACCGCAACACCCCAGGAAGUACUGUCCUUCCUUGGUCCUGAGAGCCCAGUAACAGAUGGUGCAGAGGGUCUGCUCUUUGUCAAGUACCCUGAUGGACGGCCCACUGGCGAUGCCUUUGUGCUCUUCUCUUGUGAAGAGUACGCCCAGAAUGCCCUGAAGAAGCACAAGCAGAUCCUGGGCAAGCGGUAUAUCGAGCUGUUUCGGAGUACUGCGGCCGAGGUGCAACAGGUCCUGAACCGCUAUAUGUCCGCACCUCUGAUCUCCACACUGCCUCCUUCACCCAUCGUGCCUGUCCCGGUCCUUGCCACGCCUCCAUACCUUCAAGCGGCCAGCAGCACUCGCGACUGUGUCCGCCUUCGUGGUCUGCCCUACACUGCCGGCAUUGAAGAUAUCUUGGAGUUCAUGGGAGAGCACACUGUAGACAUCAAACCACACGGAGUCCACAUGGUCCUCAACCAACAGGGUCGCCCCUCUGGUGAUGCUUUCAUCCAAAUGAAAUCACCUGACAAGUCAUUUAUGGUGGCCCAGAAGUGCCAUAAAAAGACCAUGAAGGACCGUUACGUCGAGGUGUUCCAGUGCUCCACAGAGGAGAUGAGCAUCGUGCUGAUGGGAGGAACCCUGAACCGCAGCGGCCUCUCCCCUCCACCCUGCAAGCUUCCCUGUCUGUCUCCCCCCACAGCCUACGCUGCCUUCCCCACCCCCCCUACCAUGCUCUCUGAGGCGGCCCUCUACCAGUCCCCGCUGCUGGCUGCUCCCAGACCACCUCACACCGUCACACACAGCCCUGCUCACACUCUGGCCUACUACCCUCCUCAUCCACAUCUGUACAUGAAUAUGAACAUGAACUACACAGCUUACUACCCCAGCCCCCCAGUUUCUCCUUCCACAGUUAGCUACUUUGCAGCUCCACCGGGAGCAGUGGCAGCCCAACCCCACCCUGCUGCAGCUGCCGGCUCUUCUGUGCUGCCUCAACCUGGCGCCCUGGUCAGGAUGCAGGGCCUGCCCUACAACACUGGAGUCAAGGACAUUCUCAGCUUCUUCCAGGGAUACCAGCUCCAGCCAGACGCCGUUCUCAUCUUGUACAACUUCAGCGGCCAGUGCAGCGGCGAGGCCUUGAUCACCUUCCAUAGCGAGGAGAUCGCCAGGCGGGCCGUAGCCGAGCGCUCCAACCACCCCUUCUACGGCCAGCAGGUCCACUUGGUCUUAUGUAACUGACCACUAGCCGUUCAUCUCUCUCUCCCCCCGACGCCCCGUAAUUUAACCUCCCAUUGAAGAGCACUCUCCUCCCAAAAGCAUAUUAUGCAGCAGCAGUUUUUCCAGUUGAUCCCAGGGCCACUUCAAACAGCUAUCCAACACCUCCCUUUGCCGGUGAUCUGCCAUCAUGAAUACACAGCUGGCCGGGACACUCCUGAAGCUGUUUGUUUGGAGUUUGGACAUCGCUGGUGAAGCAGCUGAAGUCAGUAAAGCUUCAUCUUGGGCUCAUGACUUUGUGGAUGUCCAGAUAGCAUUUCUGUGUAUUUGCGCCUUUUGUAAGAGCUGGUUGUGGAGAUAAGAUGGUGUGGAGCCUGGACAAAUAUGCAUAUAUGCCCCCC